GGAAUGAGGAACAUGCUUUGUACCACACAUAGAAGCUGAUUGAAGCAGGGUGGCCAUUCCUUCUGAAGCCUUUAAAAUGAAUAUAUUGGUCACGGCAGCACUUACACUGCAAGGAAUUUGGGAAAUCACUGCAGGAAGUGUUUCAUUCUCAUCAAAUCCAGUUACGUUUUCUGAGGAAGAACCCAUUGGCACAAUAGUUGCAACAACAGCCAAUGAUUUUAGCGCUACUGAAUUUGUCAUUCUCGGAGGAAAUCCAAACUUUAAUAUUGAAAAUGAAACUGGAAUUAUUAAAACAACUGCAAAUUUUAACUAUGAAGACUCUAUACCUAAAUCGUAUAUUCUCGUGGUUCAAGCUAUAAAUGCUUCACACAGUGCCUCUCAAUCUCUGACAGUAUCAAUCAUUGAUGUUGAUGAACCCCCUGAAUGUACUUCAGUUGUUAAUGGAAUAGGACCUAGCGUGACUAUCUCUGAGACCAUUAAAUCUGGAGACUUUGUCUAUUCUUUCUCUGCAUCAGACCCUGAAGGUGAUGUGUUAAAUUAUACUAUUCUCUCAAGCUCCACAUCUGGUACACUUACUCUGUUUGCAAUUAAUACAAUUGGUGACAUUUCUACAAUACGUUCAUUGGAUUAUGAAGCUGUUGAUCAGCUGUCACAGUAUCAUGCAGUGAUUUCUGUUGCUGACUCAGUAGGAAAUACCUGUACUGGCAUUGUAACUAUCCACAUCACUGAUGUCAAUGAUGAAGCUCCGGUGAUAAGUUUAUGCCCUUCGAGCCCAGUCUCAAUGGAUGAAGAAGUAAAUAUUGGUACAAAUAUUGCACUUUUGUCAGCCUUUGACAAUGACAGCACUGACACUUUGACUUUCUCAUUUGCAAUCCCUGUGUCUAAUUUUGAAAUUCAUCAAGUUGGAAAUGAUGCAUGGAUUGUUACCAAUUCCACACUGGAUUAUGACACGGCUGGUUUUACGGACUACCAACUAAAUAUUGUCGUCACCGACAUGGCAUCUCAUACCACUACCUGUAACCUGACUGUGUCUUUAAAACCUGUAAAUGAAGCUCCUGUUUGUGAUCCUCUGCUUGUAGCUGGACCAUCUGUCACCGUUCUGGAGACUAUUGCUAGUGGUACCUUUGUCUAUAAAUUAACUGCAUCUGAUCCUGACGGAGAUACUUUGCAAUAUUCUUUUCUGCCGAGCUCCUCCACCAAUACCACCACACGAUUUAACCUGGGCAAUUCGGGUCAAAUUACCACAGCAUCUGCUUUGGAUUUUGAAAAUGGCGACAUGCUUUUCUACGCUGUGGUAUCUAUUAAUGACACUGGAUCUCCAAGCCUCGCUUGUACAGGCACAGUAACUAUCACAAUUACUGAUGUAAAUGAUGAAGUUCCCACUAUCAGCCCCUGUCCAUCAAGUACAUUAACGCCUUAUGAAGAAAUGACUGCUGGGACAACGCUGAUCACUUUAUCUGCUUCAGAUGGUGAUAGCAAUGAUAGCCUGACCUUCAGCUUUGCAGUAUAUGAGCCUUCCUUUCAGAUUAAUCAAGUUGGAAACACUGCAAUAAUCAGCAAUACGUUAACACUGGACUACGACAAUGUAUCUGCUGCUACAUUCUAUACAUUAUAUGUGGUAAUUACAGACCUGGGAGGUAACCAAGCAAUAUGCAACCUGAAUGUUUCAUUGAUUCCAGUCAAUGAAGAUCCGAUAUGUGAUGCUGUAUUUAUUGCAGGGACAGGACCAUCUGUCACUAUUGCAGAGACUGUUUCUAUUGGCGCUUCUAUCUAUAAGUUAACUGCAUCAGAUCCUGAUGGAAAUACAUUGGAAUAUUCUUUCCUGCCAAGCUCCUCCACCAAUACCACCGCACUAUUUAGCCUGGACAACUUGGGUCUAAUUACCACAGCAUCUGCUUUGGAUUUUGAAAAUGGUCACAUGCUUUUCUACGCUGUGGUAUCUAUUAAUGACACUGGAUCUCCAAGCCUCGCUUGUACAGGCACAGUAACUAUCACAAUUACUGAUGUAAAUGAUGAAGUUCCCAUCAUCAGCCCCUGUCCAUCAAGUACCUUAACCCCUUCCGAAGAAAUGACUGCUGGGACAACACUGAUCACUUUAUCUGCCUCAGAUGGUGAUAACAAUGAUAGCCUGACUUUCAGCUUUGCAGUAAAUGAGCCUUCCUUUCAGAUUUCCCAAGUCAGAAACACUGCAAUAAUCAGCAAUACAUUACCACUGGACUACGACAAUGUGUCUGCAGUUACAUUCUAUACAUUAAAUGUGGUGGUUACAGACCUGGGAGGUAACCAAGCAAUAUGUAACCUGAAUGUUUCAUUGAUUCCGGUCAAUGAAGGUCCGAUAUGUGAUGCUGUGUUUACAGCAGGGACAGGACCAUCUGUCACAAUUGCAGAGAGCAUUGUUGUUGGUACUUCUGUUCAUAAGUUAACUGCAUCUGAUCCUGAUGGAGAUACAUUACAAUAUUCUUUUCUGCCAAGCUCCUCCACCAAUACCACCGCACUAUUUAACCUGGACAACUACGGUCUAAUUACCACGGCAUCGGCUUUGGAUUUUGAAAAUGGUCACAUGCUUUUCUACGCUGUGAUAUCUAUUAAUGACACUGGAUCUCCAAGCCUCGCUUGUACAGGCACAGUAACUAUCACAAUUACUGAUGUAAAUGAUGAAGUUCCCAUCAUUAGCCCCUGUCCAUCAAGUACCUUAACCCCUUCCGAAGAAAUGGCUGCUGGGACAACACUGAUCACUUUAUCUGCCUCAGAUGGUGAUAGCAACGAUAACCUGACCUUCAGCUUUGCAGUAAAUGAGCCUUCCUUUCAGAUUUCCCAAGUUGGAAACACUGCAAUAAUCAGCAAUACGUUAACACUGGACUACGACAAUGUGUCUGCAGUUACAUUCUAUACAUUAAAUGUGGUCGUUACAGACCUGGGAUGGAACCAAGCAAUUUGCAACCUGAAUGUUUCAUUGAUUCCGGUCAACGAAGGUCCAAUAUGUGAUGCUGUAUUUACAGCAGGGACAGGACUUUCUGUCACAAUACCUGAGACGGCUGCUAUCGGUACCUCUGUCUAUAAGUUAACUGCAUCGGAUCCUGAAAGAAAUGAUUUACAAUAUUUUUUCCUGGCAAGCUCCUCCACCAAUACCACCGUACUAUUUAGCCUGGACAACUUGGGCCUAAUUACCACAGCAUCUACUUUGGAUUUUGAAAAUGGUCACAUGCUUUUCUACGCUGUGAUAUCUAUUAAUGACACUGGAUCUCCAAGCCUCGCUUGUACAGGCACAGUAACUAUCACAAUUACUGAUGUAAAUGAUGAAGUUCCCAUCAUCAGCCCCUGUCCAUCAAGUACCUUAACCCCUUAUGAAGAAGUGGCUGCUGGGACAACACUGAUCACUUUAUCUGCCUCAGAUGGUGAUAGCAACGAUAGCCUGACUUUCAGCUUUGCAGUAAAUGAGCCUUCUUUUCAAAUUAAUCAAGUUGGAGACACUGCAAUAAUCGCUAAUGCUUUCACACUGGACUAUGACAAUGUGUCUGUGGCCACAUUCUAUACAUUAAAUGUGGUAGCUACAGACCUGGGAGGGAACCAAGCAAUAUGCAACCUGAAUGUUUCAUUGAUUCCGGUCAAUGAAGAUCCAAUGUGUGAUGCUGUGUUUACAAUGACAGGACCAUCUGUUACUAUUCCAGAGACCAUUGACAUUGGUGCUUCUGUUUAUAAGAUAACUGCAUCUGAUCCUGAUGAAGAUCCUUUACAAUAUUUUUUCCUGGCAAGCUCCUCCACCAAUACCACCACACUAUUUAGCCUGGACAACUUGGGCCUAAUUACCACAGCAUCUGCUUUGGAUUUUGAAAAUGGUCACAUGCUUUUCUACGCUGUGGUAUCUAUUAAUGACACUGGAUCUCCAAGCCUCGCUUGUACAGGCACAGUAACUAUCACAAUUACUGAUGUAAAUGAUGAAGUUCCCAUCAUCAGCCCCUGUCCAUCAAGUACAUUAACGCCUUAUGAAGAAAUGACUGCUGGAACAACACUGAUCACUUUAUCUGCUUCAGAUGGUGAUAGCAACGAUAUCUUGACCUUCAGCUUUGCAGUAAAUGAGCCUUCCUUUCAGAUUUCCCAAGUUGGAGAUACUGCAAUAAUCACUAAUACAUUCACGUUGGACUAUGAUAAUGUGUCUGUGGCCACAUUCUAUACGCUAAAUGUGGUGGUUACAGACCUGGGAGGGAACCAAGUAAUAUGCAACCUGAAUGUUUCAUUGAUUCCGGUCAAUGAAGAUCCGAUAUGUGAUGCUGAAUUUACAGCAGGGACAGCAUCAGUAGAUAUCAAUGAGACUCAUGAUGUCCUAACAGCCAUCUACCAGGUUUCUGCAACAGAUCCAGAUUUUGAGGACUCUUUAACAUUUGAUAUUAAAUCCCUGACAUCAGGCCCAGUUACAGGAGGAAAUCUUUUCAUUAUUAAUUCAGCAACUGGAAUUGUCUACCGAAAUUCUUCAACAUCACUGGAUUAUGAAUCUGGAUAUCACGUCUUCAAGUUGGAAAUUACAGUGAAAGACAAAGGAACCCCAGCUCCACAAAAAUCCUGUGAAGGAACUCUGACCAUUAAUAUCAUUGACGAGAAUGAUGAACUCCCUGUUGUGAGUUUCAGCCCUGAAAAUCCAGUCAAUGUCACAGAUGAUAUUCUGAUUGGAACAGUGGUACUGCAGAUGAAUGCCAGUGAUAAGGAUGCGGGUGACGUUGUGUCUUUUAAAUUUGCUAGUCCUUCUGAUGAGUUUUCCAUUGAUCCAGUCACAGGGAUCUUGACUACUAGGAAAGUAUUAGAUUAUGAUAGCAGCACUACCCUAAGAUCCUACCCACUCCAAGUGUUUGCCAUUGACAAGGGUUUCAACACUGUCACCGUGACACUGACUAUAUUACUACAACCUGUUAAUGAACCUCCAGUGUGCACCUCUCCACAAUUUGUGCAGGGAACAGCCACAGUGGAAAUUGAUGAAAACUACUCAAAUCUGAAAUCCAUCUACCAAGUUAAUGCUACAGACCCUGAUAUAGACGAUUCAAUGACAUUUAGCAUUGAGUCCCAGGAGUCUAGCCCUGUUACAGGAGGGUACUUAUUCAGCAUUGAUCCUGAUACCGGAAUUGUGUUCAGAAACUCUACAACACUACUAGACUAUGACAACACAUAUCAUCUUUUCACACUAAAGAUUGUGGUUAAUGAUGAAGGAAGUCCAGCUCCACAGAUGUCAUGCAAAGGAGUUCUGACUAUAACAGUUAAUAAUUUGGAUGAUGAGGCACCCAUAAUUACUCCAGUCCCCUCAGAUACAAUUCAUACAAAAGAGGAAGUAAUUAUUGGAACUGUGUUGGUGAAGAUGGAAGCUUCUGAUCUGGACGAAAGUGAUAAUGUUUUCUUUGAGUUUAUUGAUCCUCAGCCACUUUUCUCCAUAGAUGUUGAUUCUGGAGAUAUCGUCUUACAGAUGCGGCUAGACUAUGACAGCCCUGAUGUUGCAAAAGUUCAUUUAUUACCCAUCAGAGCAUAUGAUAACAAUCGUAGACACUCGUCCACUUACACCCUGACAGUGUCAGUGGAUGAUAUGGACGAAGCACCUGUCUGUGAUCCUGCAUUCACCGUGGGAGCAGGUGUUUCUCUUGUUAUUCCUGAGAAUUUUCCCACCUCUGCAUCAGUUUAUCAGAUCCUUGCUGCUGACCCAGAUGCCAGUGAUUCUAUUCAAUUCAGUAUUACCGAUGAAACUACAGGAACUGCUCAGUACUUCACACUGGAUUCCAACAGUGGAUUGAUUUCUAGAAGUUCAGUUUCACCCUUAGAUUAUGAAGAUGGUUUGACGAGAUUUCAGAUGAGAGUCGAAGUAACUGAGGUUGGAAAGAGUAGCCCUAAAUCUUGCACUGGCUCCAUUACAAUUAAUCUCGAAAAUCUCAAUGAUGAAUCACCUCUGUUCAGUGCAAUCUCACCAAAUCCAUUAACCAUUAAUGAAAGUCUGCCCAGGGGAACAUUGGUAAUAAAAGUUAGUGCCACAGACAAGGAUGUGGAUGAUGUCAUUUACUAUGAAUUUGUGAAAACUUAUGCUGGCUUCCUGAUUGAAGAAGACACAGGUGAGAUCAAAGUGGCUUACCCCAUGGAUUAUGAUGAUUUGGACACACUGACCACUUCAGUACUGGAAAUAAGAGCUUAUGAUUUAGACAGAGUUCAUUCCUCCACAGCCACUCUUACGGUCCACAUUGCAGACAUUAAUGACAAUCCUCCUCAGUGCUCCAGAUAUCUCUAUAUCACUGAGCUUGCAGAAACUUCUCCAGAAGGUACGCCAGUUGCAUCACUUAACUGCUGGGAUAAUGACCGAACAGCAGCUAAUAAUAUCCUGAAAUACACAAUGAUUCUCGAUGCAUAUUCACCAGGAAGGUUUAAUAUUGCUGACAACGAAAUAACUAUUGGGAGUUCACUUUUGCAAUAUGAUGAUAGCUCAUUUGGUGCAGUUCAUUUUCAACAUGUAAUAUUCGUUAAAGUAGAGGAUAAUGGCAUCCCUCGAUUGACAAGUACCUCCACAGUGAUAGUGAAGGUCACACGAGUGAAUGAGCAGAAUCCUUCCUCUGAAUCAAGAACAUUUAACAUCUUUGAAGAUAGCCCCAUUGGCGCUCUCGUUGGAAAAGCUAAAUUUACUGAUGAUGACCUGCCAACUAACAAUAUAAAGUAUUCUAUUGUAGGAGGCAACAGCGAUGUCCCACCCAAGUUUUAUAUUGAAUCAAACUCAGGUCGGAUAAGGCUUUUAAAUGCACUGGAUAGAGAAACUCAAGAUAUUUAUAUACUCACUGUCAAAGCGGAGGACAUGAAUAAUGAUCAACAAACAGAUCCAUUGAGGCAGAGAAGAAGCUCAGCGACAGUAACUGUUAAUGUCAUGAAUGUGAAUGAUGAGCCUCCAGUGUGUGACCCAGAAUAUUACGAGCAAACCAUCUACUCUACUAUCACCUCCCCCUUUAUCCAGCUGCAAUGUUCCGACAAAGACUCGCCAGAUCAUGAACUUUCCUACUCAAUUGUGGGAGAAAACACACAAAAUUUGUUUGAGCUUCAGAGGCCAGACAACAAUCCUGCAAAGGUGGCCUCCACGCAAAGAUUUCAAUUUAACAUCAUUCAAGGCAUUGAACAGCCCAAGGAAUACACGCUGCUGAUCCAAGUGACAGAUGAGUUUGGUCGAGAUAAACAUCAACAACUGACUUCCACAGCAACUGUGGUGAUACAUGUAGUGCCCUGGACAACCACUCAACCUACAACAUCCACUACUACUGAGUUCACCACCAGUGUGUUAACAAUAACUUCACUUUACUGGAGCCCAGAGCAAUGGUUUGUUGCUGUGCUGACUCUUGCUGGAGCCCUGACAGUGCUCGCUGUUUCUGGUAUAGCCUGGGUCUGCUACCAAAAGGCUCAAUCAGUCACAAAUCAACCAAGACCUAUUCUAAAACAGUCUCAACUUUCAGAAGAACAAGACAAGGUAUUUUUUGAUGGACAAGCAAGAGACCCAGUUUCAGGAAACUGGUACGUGUACAACAGUGAGACAGGGCAGCGUAAAUGGAUAAACAAUGCAUAAACACCAAUGGGAUUUACUGGGUGAUGAGAUCAUUUUCUCUCGUGAGCAUUAAAAUGAAUUUACAUAUUUAUGAUGGAUUAUUGUUUCAU